AUGAUCGACAAGCUGGGAUUUCCAACGGACGGUUGGGGUGUGCUCUUAGCCCACAUGGUCUGCAGUCGACUCGACCCUUCUACUUUGAAGCAAUGGGAAUCACACUACCGCUCGACUGACGCUCCGCAGUACAAAGACCUAAUAGAAUUUCUUCAUGGGCAUUUGUCAGUUCUGCAAUCCCUGCCGCCAUCUAAAUCGCAUUUCACGGAGUUCAACAAAGUUGAGCAGUAUCGGCCGCAAAAAUCGAAAGCCAACAUGGUCCACGCCGUGAUAAGUUCAACGAUCAGCUCGUUAGCCAAUUCGCCCUCCUCGCAAUUACAUCCGUCAACGUCGUCGUCUGAAUCGCACAAGCCGUCUACCGUUGCCACUAGUCUCGUGUCCACCAAGGUUGUCGAAGUACCAAGAAGCGCUCCAGCCACCGUGUUGUUGCAAACGGCGAUUAUCAAGGUUUUGUCCACAAGUGGACAUAGUCAAUGGGCCAGAGCACUGUUGGAUCCAGCAUCGCAGCUGAAUCUUAUCACUGAGAACCUCGUCCAAAGGUUAAAUUUGCGCCGCUAUCAGUGUCAUCAGGAAAUUGGUGGUGUAGGCAACUCUGCAAUUAUUUCAUCGCAUGCCGUUCGCAUACGGAUGGAGUCUCACUGCACGGAUUUUGCCGUUGAACAAUCGUGUCACAUCUUGAAGAAGAUCACCAGAGACCUCCCUAGCAGGUCACUUGAUGCUUCGCGUUGGAAGCUUCCACCCAACAUCAUUUUGGCGGAUCCCAAGUUUAGCGAGACUGGGCCAAUUGACUUGCUCCUCGGCAUGGAACUUUACUACGAUUUGCUGCUUGAUGGAUUUUCCAAAUUAGGUCCUGAGAUGCCAGUCCUUCAGAAUACAGUUUUUGGAUGGGUAGCCUCGGGAAAAAUUGGUUCCGGCCAAAUUGAUAGCGCGCUGAAGCUGGCUCAUGUAUGCAGUAAUCAAUCGCUCGAUGAGUUAAUAUCUCGUUUCUGGGAAAUUGAGUCGUGUUGGUCGAACAGCACUCAAUCUAUUGAAGAAGUCGCCUGUGAAGAUCACUUCAAGGCUAACACGUUUCGAGAUGACACAGGUCGGUUCGUCGUUGCUUUGCCCAAACACCCAUCCGUACUGACGCAACUCGGAAGUUCAAGGGAGAUCGCUACCAAAAGAUUUCUAUCUUUGGAACAUCGUCUUGAUAGUAAUCCCAACUUGAAGCAAGCCUACACUACCUUCAUCGAUGAAUAUCAACAGCUGGGCCACAUGAGAGAACUAGAUUACGAGUCAGUCGCAUCGUCCACUGAAUUAUCAUACUAUUUACCUCAUCAUGGAGUGGAAAGGGCGGACAGCACCACCACAAAACUGCGCGUCGUUUUCGACGCUCCUUGUCGGACGGACACGGGGGUUGCGUUGAACCAGGCACUGAUGGUAGGUGGAGUUGUCCAAGACGAUCUCUUUGCCAUAUAUCUUCGUUUUCGCAUGCAUCGUAUCGCCCUUAUCGCAGAUAUAGAGAAGAUGUACCGUCAGAUACGCAUUCAUCCGUCAGACUAUCCACUGCAGCGCAUACUCUGGCGUACCUCGUGCCAGGAACCACUCCGCACAUUCGAACUAAUGACAGUGACAUAUGGUACUGCAUCGGCCCCAUUUUUGGCCACAAGCGAUAGUGCUAGGCAACGAUUUUAUGUGGACGAUAUGCUGACCGGUGUGGACGACGAGGAAACAGGGUACGAGCUGUGCAAGCAACUUCUCGAUUUACUGCAAUCCGCCGGUUUCAGCCUUCGAAAGUGGGCGUCUAACUCAAAAGCUGUCUUGUCGCAGAUUCCGUCAGAACUGCGUGACGAACGAUCAGUGUUCUCCUUGGAAUCACUAUCAUCCUCUAUUAAAACUCUGGGCAUCCAAUGGCAGCCAUCCACUGACACGUAUAGCUACGCAAUCCCUGACUGGUCGCAGGAAGCGGUUAUUACUCGUCGCGUCGUGGCAUCUGAUGCUGCUAAAUUAUUCCUACCUCUCGGAUUACUCGGUCCCGUCGUGAUUCUGGCUAAGAUCUUUAUCCAAUCCCUGUGGCAGACAACGUCUUCAUGGGACGAACCACUGUCAGUACAGCAGCAGCAGUAUUGGACUGAAUUUCGCAAAAGUUUAGAAGACAUUGCUUCCAUUUCCGUUCCACGAUGGGUAUCCUUUGCUCAUAAUCCAAUCUUGAUAGAAAUGCACGGAUUCUGCGAUGCAUCUGAGCGAGCUUAUGGUGCCUGCAUUUAUCUGCGGACCGUGUCUAUCGACGGAACAAUCUCCAUAAAGCUCAUGGCUGCUAAAUCAAAAGUUGCACCUACUGGAAAGUCGAAGAAGCAGAGCUGUCAUCGGCACUACUACUGA